AUGUCUCUCUUUGGUGGAAACCAGCCCCAGGCCAACAACAUGUUCGGCAACACUGCAGCGAAGCCGUCUCUCUUUGGCACCUCUACAACCGCAGCCCAACCCAACACCAGCACACCAUUCGGGCAGACCCAACAACAGCCAGCCGCGACAGCAACCAAUGCAUUUGGCGGGAGUGCGUUCGGCGCAAGCGCCGCGCCUCAGCAACAACAGCAGCAGCAGCAAGGAAGCGCAUUCGGCUCCUCGCUACAGAAACCGCAAGGUAGCCUCUUCUCCGGAGGCCAGCAGCAAGCACAACAACCAGCUGCACUAGGAGGGUUCGGUGGUCUGGGUUCCAACCCCCAACAACAAACAAAUGCAUUCGGCCAGCAGCAAUCGCAAUUCGGCCAGAACACGAUGACAACCCCACAACCCCAACAGCAACAGCCUUCUCUAUCGUCAAGCCUUUGGUCUCCUGGUCGUGCUAUCACUGGGGUGCACCGGACUGUUCCUAUGCAAGUAGCCAUCAUCAAAGAUAAGUGGGACCCGCCCAGCCAAAGCUCGCCAUUCCGUGCCUACCUGUACAAUAAUGUCGGCGAGGAGGCCGCUCCUUUCUACCAACCGGGUCCCGAGGACGAUGAUGCAAAGUGGGAGGAGGCUUUGCGCAAGCGACCGGGUCCAGGAUAUGUCCCUGUGCUUGUCAAGGGCUUCUGGGAACUCGGUAAGCGCGCGCAGCGACAAAGGGACUUCCUCACUAUGAUGCAGUCGCGCCUGCACGAGAUCAACGAUUGCUUGACCGGGCUUCUCUCGAAGCAUGAUCUCAACCUUUCCGUCAAGAUCGCCGACUGCCGUCGGAAACACAUCAUUCUGAGCAAACGGUGCCUCUCCCUUGCGGCUAAGACACAGAUCCUUCGCAACAGAGGGUAUGCCAUGGAUGAAGCGGAGGAACAGUUGAAGAAAAAGCUUGUUGAGCUAGAACGUGCCGUUUUCGACCCGUCUCUCAAUGGCCGUGCUGAAGAAAUUUGGGCCCGUAUGUUGGCCAUCCACGAACACUCCAAGCGAUUGCAAGUGGAAAUCGAUCGUGCCGGGGUAAACGUGACACAACCAGAGGAUGACAUUGAUGAGCAGACAUUGAAGACAGCAAAGAAGAUUUUGGACGAUUAUCACUCUCAGAUUCAGUAUCUUCAGAAGGAGAUGGAGUCCAUCAAGAACGACUUCAACGCGGUGGAGAAAGCAAUUGGCAAUUGA